CAUCUUCCAUUUUGAUUCCGAUGUACUUUGGGUUUGGGCGCAGUGGGAUGGUGUGAGCUCAUGCUCCGCGAUAUACUGUUGUAUUUGACAACAAUAUUUCCAAGUUAAGCAAAAAUGCUUUCUGCAGCCCAAUUGCUCGACGAGUUAAUGGGCCGGGACAGGAAUUUGGCCCCGGACGAGAAGCGAUGUAACGUCAAAUGGGACGACGAGAGCGUGUGUCGGUAUUAUCUGUGUGGCUUCUGUCCAGCAGAAUUAUUUACAAAUACACGCUCCGAUUUGGGCCCCUGUGAGAAAAUCCAUGAUGAAAAUCUUCGGAAAGUAUAUGAAAAGAGCUCACGGUUCAUGAAGGAGGGCUACGAGCGAGACUUUCUCCGCUAUCUACAAUCCCUCCUGGCCGAAGUGGAACGGCGAAUCCGCCGAGGGCACGCUCGCCUCGCUCUUUCUCAAGCUCAGCAGAAUGCAGGGCAAGCUCCUGCACCAGCAGGAAAGAAUGAGGAAAAGACCCAGGUUCUGACAGAGAAGAUUGAAGAUUUAGUCGUGCAGAUUGAGGAGCUGGGCUCUGAGGGUCGUGUGGAGGAGGCUCAGGGAAUGAUGAAGCUGGUUGAGCAGCUCAAGGAGGAGCGCGAACUGCUUAACUCCAACCCGUCGACCAUUGAGAGCUUUGCGGCCCAGGAGAAGCAGAUGGAAGUGUGCGAGGUGUGCGGAGCCUUCCUGAUUGUGGGCGACGCUCAGUCUAGGGUGGAUGACCACUUGAUGGGAAAGCAGCAUAUGGGCUAUGCUAAGAUCAAAUCUACUGUAGAGGAGCUUAAGGAGAAACUACGACGCCGCUCAGAGGACCCUCAGGGAGAAACCCCGGUUGUGAAGAAAGACAGAGAAGAGCGUGAGAAGGAGGAGCGCGAGAAGAAGCGUAAAGAGGAGGAGGAAAAGGAGAAGGAGCGAGAAAAGGAAAAGGAGAAAGAGCGGGAACGGGAGAAGGAGCGCGACAGGGAGAGAGACCGAGAUCGGGACAGGGAUAGAGAUAGAGAUAGAGACAGAGACCGAGAUAGGGAGAGAGACCGGGAUCGACGAGGACGGCGCAGCCAUUCUAACAGCCGUCACUCCAGCCGAGCAUCGGACAGGAAAAGGAGUCGAUCCCGGGAUCGUCGGAGGUCCAGGAGCAGAGACAAAGACAGAGACCGUGACCGCAGACGCACCAGGAGCCGGGACAGGGACCGGGAAAGAGAAAGAGAGAGGGAUAGGGAGAGGAGGCGCAGCCGCGAGCGCUCCGACCGGAAGCGACGUUCCCGGAGCCGUGACAGGAGGAGGUCACGAAGCUCCGAGCGCCGGUCUCACCGGCACCGCAGUCGCAGCAGGGACCGGGACCGGGACAGGGAGAGAGAUAAGGAGAGAGACAGGGACAGAGCCCGCUCACCCAAAGAAAAAGAACGAAAGACGUCUGAGGAGAAGAGCAGCAGCUCCAAGAAAGACAAGAACUCUGGCGAUGCUCCUGCCGUCAAGGCCGCCACAGAAGCAGAGCCGAUGGAGACAGAGGCUGCCGCCUCGGCCUCCCCCCCCCUCCUUAAUGGCCAGCCAGAGCUCCUCCUUUCUGAAGGUGACACUCAGUCCAAUUAAAACUGAUCUGAUAGGACCUCAGAUCAGACUCAGGGGAAUCUGAGAUACCCAUCGGAGGAAGAAGAUGAGGAGAGCAUUCCAACCUCAUGUUGACCCUGGCACUUCGCUGCUUAUAAACAAGGUGAUCCACAUAUGCAUAGUGGCUUACAUAAAAAUCAAGAACAUACAUGUGGAAAGAGGGAGAAAAAGAUUACGACGUUGCUUUUCAUAUCUGUUGAUCUCAGUUUGGGACGAGUUGUUGUGAUUGAUAUAACAUGUAUUUUAGGGGUGUAGACGUCAGUCCGACAUCACUUGAAAUACCAAACGUUGGUAGGCAGCGUUCACAAAUUUUUUUGUUUGUUUUUUUUUUACGUAUUUUUGGAAACUCGUUUUCUCUGCAUUUUAGUAAGAGCUCAUUAAAAGAAACGAUACUUGUUACUUUGUUUUGGUGUGUCAGGUCCUACUUCAUUUUCUGAUAUUUUUUUAUUUUUUCAAUAAUGAUGUAAAAUGUUAGUCCAGUAACAGGGCUUGGUUCUUUUUUUUCCCCCGUCAACGUAGAGAUACCAAUGAUUUUCUCAUCUUGCUGUAAAAUAUACUAAUUUCCUUUGAAUCCCAAUAAUUUUGAAGACUGAAGAUGUGAUUAGGUUUGGUCAGCUUCAAAUGUUCAUGUGUUCUUGAGAAAUAAAAGGUGAAAAUGUG